AUGAAUAGCGACUCAUUCCACUACUUUUCGAAACUCCCCCCCGAAAUCCGCCGCUAUAUCUGGCACUAUUGCCUGCCGUGUCGCGUAGCUGAAGAAGACGUUCCUUAUCUCCUUCUCGAUGGCAACGAAUCUCGUCAAGCUUGCUGGGCUAAUGCCUCAACGCAUCAAAACGCCAGGCCGCCGACCAUCGCGUUUGUGAACAGAGAGUCUCGCCACGUUGCACUGGAGCAUGGUCACAAUUUUGAGCCACCAGAUUCACACAGUUUAGAUUCGGUAUGGCUGCAGCCGGAUCGGGAUGUGCUGCUUCUCAACUACACGAAGAUAUGUGACCUUGUUAUGUACGGACAUGUCGACCGCACCUCGAGUGUGGUACUCCUGUUUCUAUGGCGGGCAGAGGAACUUCAGAUGCAGCCUUGCGUCGUCGCAGAGCUUCUUCACUCUUUUAAUUUAAAGACGCUGCUAGAUGGCGAUGAUGCGUCUGAUAGUCCCCGUGUUCCCCAAGAGAAAUUAGGUAAUCCCUAUUCAGACGAUAUAGCUAGUUACACAGAAUGCAUCCAAGAGCAAAAGAUGGUGCUAGACGUAGCAAUGGCUGCGGUGUCUCUGCACAUCACCACGGAAGCAGCUCUGGGCUCUGGCCUGUUCGGGCUACUGGGCGAUGCGCCUGUUCAGCUGGUUGAUUUUGAUGAUGAAGCUCGGUUGAGGCAAUUCUACGAGCUAUUCAAAGAAAAUUCAUUGGAUUACGAGCCGGCUGUACAAACGCUUUUCGAAUUGUUUUUGAGCUCUCGGUUUCGCACGGCGGUGGAAAACUGGACGAGACAAGCUGAUUGGGUCAUCUUGGCCAAUCUGUGGCACUACGCACGAAAUUCUAAGGAUUACCAGGACAUUCUUGGGGCACACCCCGGCUCAGUAUGGACGCCUCAGCUGGACGAGGAUAUACUUUACUUCGCGAUGGACGAUUAUUUGCCCAAUGAUGACCAUCCGUGGGUGAAACAAGCCAAGGAGAAAGCACCCAGGCUGCGACCACAAGUCAUGGUGCGAUAUUGUACUCGCAAAUGCUAUACGAAGGAGCGACUUCCCGAUUACCACGCUACAAACUUGUGGUGGAACCCGAAUUUCUAA